ACGUCACGAGCAGGCGCCAUAACCAAUGUACACUCUCAAGCGGGCCCAGGGAACCUGUCUUUUCCCGGGACAGCCAUGAGCAAGCGGAACCAGGUUUCGUACGUGCGGCCAGCCGAGCCGGCGUUCCUGGCCCGCUUCAAAGAGAGGGUCGGCUACAAAGAAGGGCCCACCGUGGAGACCAAGAGAAUCCAGCUUCAGCUCCCAGAAGAUGGUGAUCACAGUGACAGAGAAGAUGAACAGCCCCAAGUGGUGAUUUUAAAAAAGGGAGACCUGUCAGCUGAAGAAGUCAUGAAAAUUAAAGCAGAAAUAAAGGCUGCCAAGGCAGAUGAAGAGCCGGCUAUUGCUGAUGGAAGAAUCAUGUAUCGAAAACCAGUCAAGCGUUCCUCAGAUGAAAAAUAUUCAGGUCUAACAGCAAGCUCAAAAAAGAAAAAGGCAAAUGAAGGUCAAAUAAAUAAGCAGGACUCCGUUAAAAAGAACUCACAAAAGCAAAUCAAGAACAGUUCCCUCCUUUCUUUUGACAAUGAAGAUGAAACUGAAUAAGUGUAAAUAUUUUGGACUUGGUCUUCCUUUAGAGUAUACGGGGUAUUUUUUAAAAUGGCAUCUUUUUCCUAUUUAAAGAUAAUACAAGUUCAUUACAGAAAAUUUAGAAAAUUCGGAAAAAAUGUAUGAUAAAAACCUUGUUUAUCAAUACCCCUUUGACAUGAUGCAAACUCUGUAGAUAUUACCAACUAUUAACAUUUUGGAACUUCCAUGUGUGGGGCAUGUAUGUGUGUAUGUAAAUUAUAUUUUUUAAACAAAA